GUGGCGAGGGUGAUGACUCUACGAUGGAACGACUGGAGGGGUUCCGCGCGCCUCGAAGUCUUGCAUCAGCACAUUGACGCAGAAUCAGCUUCGCCAGGCACAGGCAGGAGAUGCGACAGUUGAUGAGGGAGCUGGCGGGCUAGAAAGAGAUGGGCAGCAGGAGACAGCAGCGUAGCGUGUCUGCUCGGACAACAGUAAUCAUGGUGGCAUACUUGCGUACAGUUUGUCACUAAGGUAAGGUCGUGUACAAAGACUACAGGACAGGACAGCAUGGAAAUAAGACAGUAUGGAGAGCAGAAAAGAUUAUGUGGAGGAGAGACUAUGGAAAUAAGACAGUAUGGAGAGCAGAAAAGAUCAUGUGGAAAAAAAGACUGUAUGGAAAAAGACUAUAUGGAAAAAGACUGUAUGGAAAACGACUGUAUGGAAAAAAGACUGUAUGGGGAAUAGACUGUAUGGAAAAAAGACUGUAUAGAAAGAAGUUAGUGUGGAAAGAAGAAAGGAUAGUAUGGAGGGGAGACAGGAUGUGGAGAAGAAAAGAUAUAUGGAGAGGAGGCAGGAUUGGAGAAGACAGUCGCCAUGCGUGCGCAAAAACGAGUCUUGAACGGCAAUAGGAUGGCAAGUGGGAAGCAAGAAG